AUAUAGGGGAUUUCCCAUGUAGGAAAAAUUACGUUUGCAUCGAAGUUGGCGAGUUCAUGAAACUUCCUUAACUUUAUCAAUAAGAUUUAAAGAUGGAUACAAGAUUCUGAAAUGGGUACAGACGGUUUAGUGUACAAGAGAGAAGCUUCGGAACAAGAUGAUUCGGUGGAAGACCUCGUAAAUAUUACGAAGGGGCUUACACUGACUAAGAAGAAAGCAGACAAGCCAACAGAGGACCUUAUUGAUCUAUUGGAUAGUCUCAAACUAGGAUCAACCCAAAAUCAGACAAGGGGAACCACUAAAACCAACAAAAACAACAAAAAUGAAAAGAACAACGCUGCACUCCAAAAGAGGGGCCCUGGUUUCCAAUUAGAAAAUGGUUACCGGCCCCCAUAUAGCACUACAAAAAGAGAACCAGACUAUGUCUAUAACAACAAUGCAAACUCUCAGUUCCCAUGGUCAACAGUUUCCAAAGAAUACAACUAUGCGCCAGGUUUGGACUCAGGUUGUCAGAUAUGGAAUGAGGCCGCUCAGAAUUACACGCUCAGGGUUCAUCAGAAUAAAACUGCCCAAAAGAUUAAGGAGUUGUCCAGCAAAUACCUGUACGACCCUGUGAGACCACAGAGAGAUGUUAAAGCUUUAGAUGUGCCCGAUGGGCCGACUACUGAUAAUGACUUAGAAUGUGAUGGCUAUGCUCCAAGGUUGACUCUGGAUGAUAAUAAACUGAAUGACAUUCCAUUAGAAUGCCCCACACUGGACCUGAUUGACAAUGUCAUAAGCAGUCAAGACAAAGUUUUAUCUCAUUCUUACUCCGUGAGCAGUUCAUCCUCAUACAGGCGGAGUCCUCCUUUCUAUGCAAGUAGCCCCUCCUCGGGCUAUUCAGGAUCCCCACCCCCCAAUUUUUCCAAUGAGCCGUCACCAUGUUAUAUUCCUUCCCCAGCUUACCCUGCCCUCUCCUCCCCCACCUUAUCUCAGACUAGCCAAUCCCCUGCCUGCCCUGACUCAGUGAAUUUGGAUUUCCGGGACCUAGAGGAGAUUAAUGCAGAAGAUCUUGUGGGUACCAAAAAGAAAACAGACAGUUCUUCACACAAGUCUACAAAACGUCCGAGUAGUAUUGAUGAUGAGUCAAAACCUUCUCCCCCAAAAAGGACCAAUGUUGAUGCUAUGUAUGAUAAGGACCUUGAUGAAGACAACAUUCUUCACUCGGUCAUCAUUGCUGGAAGUCAACUGGGGUUCAUUGAGUAUAUCAUUAAUCUACUGCUAGAGGAUGGGGAGGAUGUCCUGAAAAAGAUCAUCAAUGACCAGAACCACCUACAGAGGACACCCCUGUUUUUGGCUGUACUAGAUGGAAGAGCUGAUGUGGUCAAACUUCUGGUGCAACAUGGAGCAGAUCCAAACAUUCAGGGAAAGAUCAUAGUCAGAAUGGAUCAGUAUGAAUUCCGGGCUCCUCUUCACAUUGCAGCGGAGAUGGGAGACCAAUAUUUAGACGUACUGAAUGCCUUGAUUGACUGCGAGGAGACAGAUUUGGACAUUCGCAGUCUAAGUGACAGGAUUACACCUUUGAUUUUGGCACUCCAGACUCACAGAUGUAGGAAAAGUCCUGCCUUCCCCAACAGCUGUGCUGAAUGUAUAAAGACCCUAGUAGAUGCUGGAGUAUGCACAGACGAAGUGGAUGACAAGAGCAGCAAAACUCCUCUGAUGUUAGCGAUUGACACUAUGGACCUAGAUCUCAUUAAGUUUUUCCUUUGUGCUGAAACUCCGUCACAACAUGCUGAUGUGGUGUCCAAGCUGCAGGCGGUGACCAGGGGUGGUGACACCCCACUCCACAUUGCAGCGGGAGUCAGAAUGGAGAGUAGUGUGGAGAAACAGAAACUUCUGCGAAUCAUGAUUCAACGUGGUGCUGAUGCUGAUGCAAAAAACAAUAUUAACGAGGUUCCUAGAGAUAUCGCAACGAAUGAAGUGUGGAAGGACAUUUUCAUUCUCACAAAAACAACAUCUGACACUGUUUCGUGAUCUGCAAGAAGAGGAAACUUAACAGAGCCUACCUUCUUAUUGUGAUUCAUAAGCCUCAAGUAUUAUAAACAUGUAUUGCAGGCAAGGUCAUCCUCAGAACAUCAUUUUUUGUACAUAUCUUCUGCAUACCACCAUCCUUGUGUGUAUAGUUAGUCUGUACAUAUACUGUAAUCACAACCCUGUUUUGUGUUGUUAUACACAGUACCUACUGUGGUUAGUCUGUACAUAUACUGUAAUCACAACCCUGUUUUGUGUUGUUAUACACAGUACCUACCGUGGUUAAUACUACAUUGUACGUGUCAACAUUUUUACCAGACACCCAUCAUGCUGUGCUGUUUUCAAACUGACAACGAUGAUUUUAUUUUUUUCUUUUAUCAAAAUAUUUAUUAGCUUUACCAUCAUUAUCAUUCAAAUUAUAAGAUUAUUUGUUCCCAUUUCUUAUAAAUAUUUGCCUGUAUAUAUGACUUAAUGUAAUUAGAAUUGUGCUGAUUAUAUAUUCUUGUUUUUAACACUAUGUUGCAGAGAAAAACCAUUGUGCACACCAAAGGGAAUUGAGUGUGAUUUCAUAUUGAACUUGGAUUAUUUAGGAGCUUCCUCUUAAACUAAUAGUAGUUUUACCCCAAUUCAGGAUUUACAUACUGAAAUCUACAAAAGUAUUCAACAGAACAGCACUGGCGUCGGAAGCAAAUUGAAAGUGGGGGGGCUAGACUAAUCCUCAAAAUCAUGAAAUUCCUAGCCCCCCCCCCCCCCCGGUUCCGACGCCUAUGGAACAGUCUUCAUGCAUAGUACAUAUACAUAAUUCAGAUGAUAAGAUGCUUUUAUAAAAUGGGUUGUGACUUUAUUUCUUAUAUAUCUGAUACAUGUAGAUGAUAAAGCUGCUGCUAUAAACAAUUCAAAUAGGUAGAUAACCAUGUUGACCAUGAGGCCGAGUCUAAUUCUAGUACACCAAGUUAAGCAGCAUUUUUUUUGUUUUCAAUUGUAGUUGUAAUUUAAUUUUCAAUAGUUUUCAUAUAAAUAUAACAAAAAGGGUAAUCUGUAAGCCAGAAAAACAAAAUACAUUUAUUUGGGGUAAAAAUGUGAAAACUUGGGAUGAUUCCAGCCAAUCCCCUUGUGUCGGAUCGGUAGCUGAGAUUAUCCUCUUUGAAAAUAGGGGUGACAAAUGUUCUUAUAAAAACAAUUAAUAUGUUAUAUAGUAAAAGGUUAUGUGAGAAAUUUUAUCAAAAUAUCUGGAGUCCAGGGGUAAAUUAAGAAGACUUUGCCUUGUUGAUAGUAAUUAACUAGCCAAUCUCUUGGAAGUUUGCCAAGAUUUAUUACAUCUCUUGCCCAUUUUGUUCUUUCGUUUGUAAGAGAUUGUAAGGGACUGGAACUUAAUAAAAUCAAGGUAGCUGCAUGUAAAGUACCACUAUAUAUAUAGUACAUGUACUAGUACAUCAAAUACAUGUAAUGGUGUUAAACCAAUGUGGCCUAGGGGUGUCAUCCCUGGUUUAACUGGGUUACCAUAGUUACAUUUAGAUAUAUGAUAUCAUUUGCUACUUAACAAGGAAACAUGUAGGGCAUUGAAGUGGAGUAGCAUGAAAUUGUGGGUGUGGUUUAUGCAUACACACGAGUAUUAUAAGACAAGUGCUAACUGUGUGAUGGAAAGGGGCUGGCCUAUUUCCUCAGUAUUCUAGCAUCAGAACUUCUGUAGCUUUAUAAUUUCUUUAAGAGUGUUUUAAUGGUACCAGUAAAUUUUUAUUGAAAAUGAGCAUUACAUAAAGAAUUUACAUUCAAAGCUGGAUUGUGAAAAUGUUUACUGAUUAUUAUAUAUCAAAACUUUAAUGAGCUUUAAGAUAUAUUGAUAAGAUUUGUGUUAGUUAUUUACAGAUAUGUGUUAUUUUCUUAAAUAUUUUGAGUUUUUAGUGAAAGGGAACGCAAUUUCAUAAUAUUUGUUCCAUUUUCACAGAGUUCAUUGAAUGGGAAACUGAUCAAAGAUAAAUCUGUACAGCUUUAAGUGAAGUGACUGAUGCAUAAUAGACGGGAUUAUUUUGCAUGUUGGUGUAAGGCUUUUCUGUUUAAUUCUUACUGUCAGUGAAUUAUCCAAACCCACUGUUUAAUUUCAAUUGGUUUUAAUAAAUAUGAUCCAAUGUU